CCUCCCCACGAGAACACGCCUCUCGCAAAGGAUCUCCUUCAUCCCUCUCCAGAAGAGGAGAAGAGGAAACACAAGAAGCGCCUGGUGCAGAGCCCCAGUUCCUAUUUCAUGGAUGUGAAAUGCCCAGGAUGCUAUAAAAUCACCACCGUCUUUAGCCAUGCACAAACAGUAGUUUUGUGUGUUGGCUGCUCUACCGUCCUCUGCCAGCCUACAGGAGGAAAAGAAGGGUGCUCCUUCAGACGGAAGCAGCACUAAAAGCCCCUGGAAUCAAGAUGAAUGGGAAACCAUCCCAAUAAACACAUUUUGGAUAAAAAAUAAA